AUGGGCGCCGCCUCGCAACUGCGGCUUCUUCUUUGGAAGAACGCCUUGCAGCAGUGGCGCUCGCCCUGGUUCAGUCUCCUCGAGUUCGUCGUCCCGCUCAUCCUCAUCAGCGCGUCUUUUGGCGCCAUGAUCGGCGUUAGUCAGGAUUUUGAUUCUAAUGAAAAGUUGAUCCAAAAAACUGAACUCCUCUUUAUUGAACAGUUCCAGCUUUCAAAAUAAUGAAGUCCUGACUAAUGGAAAAGAAAGUAGGAAACACUUAAUAGUUUUCUUUUAUUAGUCACGGGUUUAAAAAAAAACGUUUCAAGUAGCAUAGAAAAACUCCACUAAAAACUAUGGAUCCAUAUACAUAGGUCUUUUAAGAAGCGAAAAGCUUAGUUCAACUUUUUUUUCGAGUCUAAAAGGACUUCCGCGUGAGAAAAAAUUCUGACAGAUCAUAGGUCCUCAAAAAAAAGAACGGUUCAAAAAAGUCAGCGUGGAAUUUAAAAGCUAUUUGAGUCGUUCCGUAUGCUUUGCGGAAAAAAAAGCUGGCGGCGCGUGAAAUUUUUUUAUGAAAUUGCUUUUCUGAGUUUCUAACUUUGUGAAACUUGAUCUUUUCGAAGUUUUGUCCGUGGAGCACAUAUUGACGUGACUACUCACCCUAAUUGAGUUGAGAUCUCUUUUGUGGGUCAACAAUACUUCCUGAACAUUUUUUAUUUUUAAAGUCUCUAACACAGAGUAAAAAGAAAUGACGAAGAAAGAAAAUAAAAGAUAAAGAGAAAACGGUUCCAGCUUAACUUUUUUAUAAAUAUUGAACCAGUUAAGCUCCGAGGAGACUUCGAAAAGCACCAUCGCGAGAAGCUCUACUCAUCCUGGCCUGUCACAGGAACUGCCUAUGAUGUCAUCAUGCCUACAAGGCCCGAAGAUCCAUCGGUAUUUUUGAAUUUACCUUAUGCCUACCUUUUUUUUCAAAUUUUCUAGAGCGCCAUGAUUGAUCCUUCCAUUUUACUGGGCGCAACACCUGAGUGUGAAUUCCUCAACUUUACAAAAACCGGCAAUGAUAGCUUUUUCAUCGGUUAGAUUUUCUUCACAAACUUUUUCAUUUUCCCACCUUCAAGGCAUCGAUCUUGCGUAUUCACCAAAGACUGCUGUGACCGACGAGUUGAUGAAAAUCGUCGAGGCGAGAUAUACGAAGAAGGAUUUGCUUAGAAUUUUGAUGAUGAUAUUGAAAGCAGAGAACUCACCAUAUAACUACACAAAAAUCGACAUGAAGAUGAACGUUAGAGGUGGAAAUUGACUUGUUUCCUGUUUUCAGACAUUUCGUUCAGGCUUUGACAGCGAUGCUUCCAUGACAAAAUACAUGACAAGCUCUUUUGCUAGUCAAUGUGGAAAUCCCCUGCUUGGUUGGUGGUUUUACUGCAAAACUAUGUUAGAAUUAUAAUCAUGUUUGAAAAGAAGAAUACGAAUAAAAAGAAAAAUACGGGGAAAAAAUCAUGAAAAAUACAAUCUCAAAAGAGUUGUCCAAAAAUGCUCCAUCGACACGAAUUCAAAGUUUGGCUCCUGCACGGAGUUUUACGAGCUUUUUUUAUAAAACUCUCAAUCGUUUUUUUUUUCUUGUUUGUUUUUCAUGCUAUUUUCAUGUUCAGAUAAUUUCUCUAUUAGAUUUUAAAUGAGCUGAAGUUUGCUGUUUUUAGCUGGAAUAGUCUUCGAUGAUUCCAUCGUGAAGAAUUUAUAUUCUGUCACCGACUACAAGUACACCAUUCGGCUAUCAAACACAAAUCGCCGUCUGAAAACUGUAAAGAUUGAAUUCAAAACAUAUCAAUUUUUGAAUUCCAGUUUUUUGCGAACACAUACACGCCAUGGGACACGUCGCAGUUAUUCGCGAUUAAAUUUAUCAGCGGACCGGUAAAUCCUUCAGCCUACGAUGGCGGCUAUCCGGGUAAAGAGAGAGAAAAGGUGUUGAUUAUCAUUAAAAUGUUACCAGGAUAUUGGAAAGAAGGUUUCAUGACCAUCCAGAAGGCAAUUCACGUGGCGAUCACACAAAAGUUGACGAAUAAAACAGAAAAUGAAUUUGAGGACGCUUUUAUGGUUGGCUUGAUAAUAUCUUCUCUUUCUUUUAAUAAAAAAAUAUUUAGUUGUCACGAUUCCCUUAUCCUGCCUACCAGAACAAAAUCAUCGAAAUUGGAGCCUUUUUCCUGCCAGUCGUCGUGAUAUUCUCUUACAUGACCAGCGUGAUUUACAUCGUUCGCUGUGUCGUCAUGGAGAAGGAAAAUCGGCUCAAAGUUCUCAUUGGCAAGGAAUACUUAGUAAAUAAGAAGUUUUAGGAAUACAUGAGAGUGAUGGGCUUGGCACAGUGGGUGAACUGGCUGGCCCACGGAAUCAUCAAUUAUGUCAAGCUUUUGGGUGCCGUCAUUGUCCUGACUAUUUUUCUCCAUUUUGUGACAAUCAAGUUGGUCAGAAAUCAGCAAUUUGACUAAUUUGAGUGUUGAAAGAUCCGACGCAACUAUAAUGUUUGUCUUCUUCUUGCUGUACGCCUUGAAUGCCUUAUGUUUCGCUUUCGCCAUUUCAACUUUUAUGCAGUCCGGUAAGACUUUUUGGAUUUGGAGGGUGAGAACAAAACUUUAGUUCUCUCAACUUGCUUCCACUCCAUAAAGGAAUAUCUGGUGGUAAAAAUUUCGAAAACUUUAAAUUUUGAAAUCGGACUCGGAAUUUGAUAGGGAGCAACUUCAGGAAAAAAAUAAUUUAAAAAAAACGUGAAUUAAUAGUGCUGAAUAGUAAAAAAAAGUUUUUGGAAAAUAAUUUCCGAAGAAAAUAAGUUGAUUUAUUUUAAUGGUGCGUUGGCUAGUGAAUCUAGUCUCGUUAAUUUUUUUUUGCAAUAGAAUUCGGGUGGGGUUUUUGGUAAUUCAUGCUUUCAGUUACUUUUCUUCCCCUCAAUUAGCGACUUCUUCUCUUCUAUAUCAAAAAAAUGAAAGAGAUUCUGUGUAGGAACCGCCGGAACGAUGAUGGCGGUCGUCGGAUGGAUGCUCAUCUACUUUUGGUACGCCUUGUUCUCCUCGUUCGACUCCAUCCAGCCCUAUCCUUUCGGCAUCCGAAUCCUCAACUGUCUCAAUCCGGAUAUCGCUCUUUCUUAUGGUGUUACUCUACUCGCGCAGUAUGAGACUCAGGGUGGGUAGGACGAAAAAUGACGUAUUUGGACUUUUUGAUUGGUAUCUGAUUUGAGGUUAGAAUGAAAAAGAAAGAGCAGAAAUAAGGAAAAAAAUUCAAUAUGUACAUUUUUUUUUCGGAAUCUUUUUCAAGCAGGUCCAAAAAGAUAAGGAAUAUUUUUUCGAACGUUUUGCAAGCUCAAGCGAUAAUUCAAAAAAUGAGGAAUGCAUUUUUGAUAGUCAGUUAGUGAGCUGAAGCUGAUUUUUUUUUCUAUAUGGCUUCGAAGUUAUGAAGUCUGAUCAAAAAUCUUUUCUGAGCAAAAAUUCUCGUGGGAAAACGUUCGAAUAUAUAUUUUAUGCAAUGAGAUAUUUCCGCUCUUUUAACCAACAGGAUAAGGUCAGUACAAAAGUAUUCAAAAUGUCCACUCAAUACUACUCGAUUCAGCCGAUGGUCUGCACUGGAACCUCCUUUUCACUCCUCCAGCCCCGGAUAACCGGCUCUGUUUCGGCCAUGCCAUGCUGAUGUUGGUGGUCGACGCCAUCUACAUGAUUCUCUUCACUUGGUACGUCGAAGCCGUCUACCCUGGCGGCGAAGGAGUUCCUCAGAAGCCCUGGUUCUUCCUCUUGGUUGGCCUCGCCCUGUUAAAAAGAUAGGAAAUCUUUUUCCAGCCAUCUUAUUGGUUUCCCAACCUUUCUGCGAAACGGAAAACGCGAAAAGACCAGUACCUCGGUCAUUGGGACGACGACGAGUCCAUUGGCAAGUCAAAUGAAAAUAUUGAGAAAGGACCAAAUUUGGAGGUAUUUCCUAGCAGGAAUCGCUCAUUUUAAUUGUGUUUUUAAGCCGACUAUCGACGUCGUUAAUUUGAGCAAGACUUAUGGAACAUCGAUCUUCAAGAAGCUCUUCGAUUGCAAAUUUGGCAGGGAAAGCGAGAAAAAGGUUUUGGGAAAGGAAGUUCAAAAGAGAGUACAAUUUUUUUUGAAGAAAAGUCAAAACCUGCUGUGUUUUUGUGAGAACUCAGUUUGAAGAUGAACUGAGGGAUUCACUUUUUUCCAAUUUUGAGCAAACUAAACACAGUUUCAGCUAUCCUCUCUAAGAAAAAAACUUUUUCUUUAACCGCUUCGAAAAAUUAAGAUUUCCAAAGUCGUGUUUUUUUAAAUUUUACUUAUGCCGACCUUAUCGCAGUGUCGAAGCAUAAAACUACCUAUUUUCCACUUUUUGUUCCAGGCAGUCGAUGAACUGAGUCUGCACGUGUACCCGUCGCAAAUCACCGUCCUUCUGGGACACAACGGCGCCGGCAAAAGCACGACGUUCAGCAUGCUGACGGGAGUGACGUCACCGUCUUCUGGAACGGCCUACGUCGACGGCUUCGACAUGAGGACGAGUCUCCCGACGAUCCGACGUCGGAUGGGCCUCUGUCCUCAGUACAACACCCUCUUCGACAAGCUCACCGUCAUGGAACAUCUCUACUUCUUCUGCGAGUUGAAGGGUCGCCACUGGGACGAGGACGAGGCUCUGGCCAUACUGAAAAAGUUGAAAAUCGGUUAGGAGGGUUAAUGGAACAAGAAAAUGAAGGAAUUUUGAAGAGUUCAAGUCGGACUCUUAUGCUGGAACGCUUUCCGGCGGUCAGAAAAGGAAGUUGUCGUUGGGGAUCGCACUUGUCGGAGGAUCCGAGGUCAGUUUCAAAAGUUUUUUUGGCGUCUUUUUCACUAGGAAAUUGUGCUGGUUGAGACUUUUAAGAUCUUCAUCUGGUAUAUCAAGAAGUGCUCUGGCAAAUUUCAGGAGUUUCCCUAACCACAAAAUAAAAUGAUCUUCCUUUUCAGAGAACUUUCAUAGGAACUUUCUCUGAUCGCUUUGGCGAAUUUUCAGAUAAAGCCACAAUCUUGAAUGAAAAUACCUUAAUUUCCAGGUAGUCCUACUCGACGAACCAACAUCUGGAAUGGAUCCGGGAGCACGACAUGAGACUUGGGCUUUGCUUCAAGCCGAAAAAUCAACUCGGACGAUUCUACUGACCACUCACUUCAUGGAGGAAGCUGACGUCUUGGGAGACCGGUCCUUUCUUUUCAUUUUCAUUCGUUUUAGCUGGAAUUUCAGAAUCGCAAUAAUGGCCCAUGGGCAGUUGCAAUGCUGUGGAUCGCCAAUGUAUCUCAAACAGCGAUACGGUAGGGCUUUCCAGAAAAGAAAAGAAAAGAAUAAAAAUGAAAGAACGGUCCAGGAGAUGGAUAUCAUCUGACAGUGGUUUAUUCUUCGUCGGACGCUGCCGAUGUCAACGGAACUUUGUCCUUGAUCAGAGAAUUCGUGGAAGAUGCACAGCUUCAGUCGGUGGUCGGCCAGGAAGGCACCGUCAUUCUCAAUGCGUCUCAUCGACCCAAGUCAGUUUUAAUGAGGGGAGGAACGAACGAGAAUAUUGAGAAAGCUCAAUGAGAAAAAUAUGCGUUUUGCCUUUUAUUCCUGAUUCAUCCUGACUUGAAACGUCGAUCUGUAUGGUUUGAAGCGUCGCUGGGACAUUUUGGCUAAAAGUAUAGAUUUUUCAAAAGCUUCAUCUCAUGCCUUCUGAUGCCCUUGCGCGCAAGUAGUUUAGGGUCGGGAACGUCUUGAAGCAACCUAGGCUAAAAAACUGCAACUAUGUUCUUACAAAUCAGGGUCACCCGAGUUCAACUUUUUAUGAAGACUUUUUCUUGAUAAAAUGCAAAAUUUCCAACUAUCGGACAUUCAUCUUUAUGAUAAUUUCCUGACAAAUAUUUUCAAAGAUCGUUCACCUAAAUUUUCUCAGAUUCCCAUCCCUUUUUGCAAAGUUGGAAGCAUCACAGGAUUCCCUGGCGAUCACGUCUUUCGGCGUCUCCAUAACCACAAUGGAAGAAGUUUUUCUGAAGUGACUUUUUUGAUUUUCCCUCAGCAAAGCUCAUGUCGAUUUCAGAGUCGGGGCAAUGGCGGAAGAAAGAAGGGCGAUCGUCGAAGUCGACGAAUCUUCUCAGGAACUGCUCUCUCGCAACGAUCCCAUGCUUCAGAGUAGGAAAUAAACAUAUAAUUCUUCCAAAAAUCAUUCUGAAAUUGAAGAACUUCGAGCGAACCGACGAUUGACGGGAUGGCGCCUUCAGAUGCAGCACAUCAAGGCGAUGUUUCAUCAAAAGGGCCAUUUAUUUCUACAGAAAAGUGGACCCAAUUCAUCACCCAGCUGCUUUUCCCUGUAGAUUCCUUGUUCUAGUUCAAAGUACCAUUCCAAAUCCUCCAGAUAGCUUACAUGGCCCUGAUGGUCUGGACCUCGACGACAGUUCCUGUGGCCAAAGAACAGCCGCCUCUGACAAUCACUUUGGACCCUUUUUCUCCGGCUCCGAUCCAGGACAUAUCAUCACUGCGAGCAAGGCUUACAGAAACCAGCCAAUCAGAACGUUUUUUGUCGGUUUUCAAAGAAAAACUUUCUUUUGGAUUUAUAGUUUGGUGAACAAGACCGCAACUGCUUUGAAAUGCUCCUCGACUCAAGUUUAUUCCGUCGACAACGUCACCCAGUACAUUGUCGACCUCACCAAUGUUGUCAGUUUUAUUUAUACGGUGAUGGGAAUCCAGAAAAAAAAACUAGAUAAAAAAAAAGUUUCCUAGGUUAAGCGAGGUUUCAGCAAGAUUAUAUAUUUUUCAACCCUUUUUUUGGGAAGAUUAGACUUAUACCCAUCAGUAAUUAUUAUGUUCAGCAACGUUUUUUCGUUUUCCUUGAUCUUUUUUGGGAAAGUUUCUUCUCACUUCCUACACUGAAUUCACCGCUAGGUUUUCGCAAAAAAUCUUUCCUUCCGUUUUUGUGAAUGAAUUCUUUUUUGGGCGUUUUUGUGCAGAUCGUCUGCUGACCUUUCUUGGAAAAAUCCUGGUUCUGUGAAUUUUUAACCAACUAGGUGAAUGACCUAUACAAUUUAAAUUUGUUUCAAAAUUCAGACUUUCACAAGACCCCAUCAAUUGCUUUAAAAAUUCAAAAAAUUUCCAUUUUGCUUCAAUAAACUUUCCGAUUUCUCAUUGCUUUGAAAAUUUGGGAUAAAUUCGAAAGUUAUCUUAUGAAAAAAAAAACGAUUCUUAAGAGUCUGUAGUUCUGAUUCUAGAUCUUUCAAAUUCAGUUUGAAAAAUAAUCCAUUUUCUCACAGAUGGGCUCCCGAGAGAUUGGGGUUCAUUACCCAAUAGCCUAUGACGUCGAUGAGAUCUCCUUGAGCAACUACAGUCUCCCUGACGUUUGAAGAUCGUCAAAGGUUGGAUAGGAAUCGGAAAAAGAAAUAUAUGGAGAUGAAUUUCCCCCAGCUCUCUUCAACAACUUCGGAUUCACCACCCCCGCCCUGGCCGUGAGCUUUACCGACUCGAUGCUUUUGUCCCAGAAAAUGAAGACGGAAUACACUUUCACGGCGAUUAAUCAUCCAUUGCCGCCCACGACUCAGGAUUCCUUCAAAAAUCAGAAUCUGAGCAACACCGCCGUGUUCCUCAUCGCCUAUGCUAUGAUUGGUAGAACUGGACCUAUAAGUUUUGGAAAAAAAAAAAUGAAAUUCUAGUUUCGAUGGCCGUGAUCGUAGCGGGAUAUUCGCAGUUUUUGAUCCGCGAGAGGAAGAAGAAAAGCAAGCAUAUGCAGGUUUCCAGUUUCAUAAUUAAAAAUAACAGGAAAAUCUCAUUUUUUAAAGUGAAACUUAUUUUUUGCAUUUUAUCAAAAUAAAAUGUUUCAAAAUCGAGGUCAUAUUACUAUACGGUUUUGAAAAAUUAGCUCAAAAAACUCCCUGAAUGUCGAGUAAAAUCUCAUAGUCGCUACCUGCGCAGACUUCUAAUUUUGGACAUAUGAAUUUUUCUAAGUUGCCAAAUAAGAUUUUUUUAAGCUUAAAUUCCCGAGCUUUAAAAUCAUUGCAAAAACUAGAAGUUAGAUCAAGGAGUAAGAGUUAUUAUCAUACCUAUAAAACCAGAAGUUUGAAAAGGUAGAUACUACGGAGGGGUUCUUCAAUUACACUUUUGAAAAGUAUUCAAACAAAAUUUCCAGAAAAAUUCCAAGUAGAAAAAUAAAAUGACCUCUCCUGUAAAUUUGAAGAUGCUGGCCGGACUGCGGUCGACGACUUACUGGUGGACGGCGUUCGUGUGGGACGCCGUCUGGUUUCUUUUCCGAGUUCUCUGUUUCAUCGCCAUUUUUUAUGCGUUUGACAUUGAGGUUUGUCCACUGAUAGGACGUUAAAACAAACUUGGAACAAAGUUUUCUUUUUGAAGAACAUCUACGCGAAAAUUGUCCAUUUUCAAAAUUUUUAAUAUUACAAUUAGUACAAAAAAUUUCAAAAAACGGCUGACUUUAUAUUGAUUUUUUUUCACUGUACAAACAUUAUUUUUUGUCUAUCUCUUUUUAUUUUCUUUCCAGCAAUACACAAAACGGUUCACUACGAUCAUCGUGUUGGUGGUCUCGAUGUCCUUAUACGGAUGGACUUCCCUUCCCUUCACCUAUUGGUUCUCCUUCAUGUUCACCUCGGCUCCCAAGGGCUUCACCUUGAUCGUAAUGUACAAUGUUAUCACAGGUAUCUGGAAUACCCUCAAUCAAGGCUUUAGAUUCAAACGAUUCAGGAAUGGUCGGAUCGAUCGCGGUGCCGAUCAUCCAGCAAACCUCGGGAAAUGAUCCCGCCUACAUUACCAGCACGAUUUUGUCCUUUUUCUUCCCGACUUACAGCAUUUCCAACAUUGCGACUGUGGUCAGUUUGACGCUUUUGAAAAGUUCCUUUACGUGAAAAAAAAGAGUUUGGGUCGAAAAAAGGCCAGGAGAAGGCCCGUUAGGUUUGCUCGAGGUCAGCAAAAAUCAAACUACGAAAUUUUUUGUGAAUUUUUUUGAGCUGGUUUUUUUCUGUGGCUGAAAGCAAGGAUCAAUCAAUCAUUUUUUUAUUUUGAACAUUUCACCUAGUUAUAGGUCACUCAGUAACAACUCGAAAUAAAUAAAUUUUUUUUAAAAUUUCCAGCCCAGUUCAAAAAAGUUCAGAGUUUGGGUUUUUUUUUCUCGUGAUUUUUCUUUUUUUUCUGAUUGAGACAGAAGAAGUCGACCUAUGUGCUUGAUUUUGAACUUCCAUCAGCAAUUUUUGCAUCGUCUCUUCAGAUCUACACGAAUGAAGUUGCCUGGCAGGCCUGCGAGAAGCUCGGACCGUUCGCCUGCUCGAACAUGUUGUACAACAGCAGCACCCAGUGUUGCGGGCCUUCUUCCCAACGCGCCUACACGGACCACGUCGCCUUCGACGCGACUCGCAAAGGCGUUCUCAUUCCUCUGAUUUUCCUUGCCGUCCAAGGGUUUAUUUUCUGGAUCUGUGUCUUCAUGGCUGAAACCAGCCAGUUCGCAAGAAUUCUCAACUUUGGGAAACGAUUGUUCAAGAAACUCGGCCAAGGUCAUGGCAGAAGAGGUUGGGAAACGGCAUAAAAAAAAGAUAACAAGAUCAUUCAGAAGCUGAAGUACGAUGAGCACGACCUUCGAGUUGAAGAUUCGGACGUCCUUGCUGAAAAAGACAAGGUCAAACAGCUCGACAUCCAGAAAACUUCUCUCGUUGCUAAUAAUCUUGUCAAAUCGUGAGAAUAAUUAGAAAAAGUUGGGAAUUCCGAAAUUUUCCAGCUAUGGCGACUUCACAGCUGUCAAAGGUGUCAAUUUUCACGUCAACUCUAGAGAAUGCUUCGGACUUCUUGGCGUCAACGGCGCUGGGAAAACUUCCACCUUCCAGGUUUUUGAAUGGACCCUAAAUGAAUGAGAAAAGAUUUUGUUUCUAGAUGCUCACUGGAGAGAACACGAUAACCCGAGGAAACGCCUUCGUCAAAGGUUGGAGCGUUGCAACCGACUGGAGACAGGCCGGCGCCCACACCGGCUACUGUCCACAGUUCGACGCCGUCAUCCGCGAGAUGUCCGGCGAGGAGACGCUCUACAUGUUCGCUCGUAUCCGCGGCAUUCCGGGGAAUGAGCUCAAAGAAAAGGUACAAUGAUUUAUUUUCGAGGUUUGCAAUCGAACUAUACAUUUUUUGUAAUUUUGAGUUGUCUAACUUUUGAACUCUUACUCAAAACAAAAUUUUUUGACUUUCAAAAGGCUAAAAUAAGUUUCCCAGUAAUUUUCCUGAAAAAAAGACGUGUACCAAUGUAAUCAGCGAAAAGUUCAGAGCAAGACAAACCCAUAAAAUCUGAAAUCAAUAAAGAGCCUUUAAAAAAGAUUAAGAGCAUUUGCGCUCCAAGAAAAAGAUUCAUUACUAAUUUUUUUUAAGAUUUAUUUUCUGAAAGUUCUUAGCAUGCUCAAAUGUUUUUUUCCCUGUUUUUCAAGAACAAUCCGUUAAUUUGUCCAAAUCUUUUGAAGUCCUCGACCUGCACCUUUUUUCAAACCAUUCUAUUCCAUUCCAAUUAAACAUCAAGUGGAUGUUCCUAGGUCAAGAAGAGACUUUUCAGGUGGAUGCCGUCAUUCAUGCGAUCGGCAUCAAAAUGUACGCGAAACGACAGAUCAAGACGUACAGCGGCGGCAACAAACGACGUCUGUCUCUGGGAAUCGCCCUCGUCGGACUCCCAGAAGUCCUUCUUCUCGACGAGCCAACGACUGGCGUCGAUCCGAAGGCUCGUCGCAUCAUCUGGAACAUUCUGAACCAAGUCAGAGAGCUCGGCGUCGCCUUGGUCCUCACCUCCCACAGUAUGGACGAGUGCGAGGCUCUUUGUACCGAACUCGCCAUCAUGGUCAGCGGUGGGUUUCUGUUCUGAAUUACUGUUUCUGAAAAGUUUCAAAUGAGAGAAAUGAAAAUUAAGCUCAUUACACCGUUUUCAAAAUUUUCCAAAAUUUUGAUGCACGAAAAAACUAAACUUAGAAAAAGGACAUAAACAUUUGAAUUACUAAUUUUUGACAAAAUUCCAGGCCGCUUCCGGUGUUUUGGCAGCUGUCAACACAUAAAAAGUCGCUACGGUGCGGGGUACACUUUGAUCAUCCGCGCGGCCUUCGAAUCACAAGUUGCAGCCACUGUAAAAGCCAUCCGAGAAAGUUUUCCCACCGCGGUUCUCAAGGUCUUUCGGACUGUCCAAAAAUUAUCGAAAGAACGCCUUGAUUUAAAGGAACAACACCUACUCCAACUGAACUUCGAACUUCGACGCGAUGGAACGAAUUGGUCCAAGUUAUUCGAGCGCCUCGAGCAAAUCUCCAUGAAAAUCGGAUGGGAUGACUAUUCCUUGUCACAGACCACACUUGAGCAGGUUCGACCGAGAAGUGAAUUCGAUGAAAAAAGGUUGAUUUCAGGUGUUCAUCGAGUUUUCUCGAGACGCGGCGCGGCCGUUAGAUGACGUCGAAAGGAUGUCGAAUGCCGUCAUCGGCAAUAAUUUGCACACAGACGUACCCAUAUAG